AUGCGUGCUUCCUCCCGCCUCCUAGACUAAAGCAUAUCCUGACCCUUAAAAAACAACGUGGAUGAAAUAACAUUUUGUCAAUUUUUGUAGUAUUUUUUUAUUCAUACAUAAUUAUUUUGACAGAAAAUCAUGAGCGGAGGAUAUGGACGUGGACCUCCAGCCAUUGAUGGUAUGGUAUCUUUGAAAGUAGACAACCUGACGUACAGAACUACUCCAGACGAUCUGCGUCGCGCCUUUGAGAAAUAUGGCGACGUUGGUGAUGUUUACAUACCCAGAGACCGAUUUACCCGCGAAAGUAGGGGAUUUGCAUUUGUACGUUUCUACGAUAAACGUGAUGCUGAAGAUGCGAUGGAUUCAAUGGAUGGAGCUCUGCUUGAUGGUAGAGAAGUGAGAUGUCAGAUGGCAAGAUAUGGCCGUCCUUCUGAGCCACACAGACGAGGUCCCGCAAGACGGGGUUAUGGAGGUGGAGGCAGAAGGGGAAGGUAGUUUUCAUUUGUCAUGCUCUCGUUUAGUUUAUUUUGGGCUAAAUAAUUAAAUAAAUUUAUAUUAACGUAUGUAGCUUAGAACAAGAAAUGGUAUAGUAUAGCUUGUUAAAAGUUAAUUCAAUUAAUUAUGUCAUGUAAUUUGAAAGCAGUAAAUCAAGAACUUGAAGGCAAAGAGGUACGGGUAUCACUGUUAAUGUUAACAUUGUAACUUGCUGAUAAUUAUUGAAUUUUAAUACAGAAUACUAUAUGGGUAAAUAAUUAGUAACUGCAGCUCUAACUCGAAUUAGUCUAAUAGUACUCAAGCGUUUAGGAGACAAAAUUAUCACCCCAAGUCCCGAUGAACAACCCCCCACCCCUUUUCCCUCUUGCACAACCAAACCAUUGGGUGGGGGGGAUCAAAACCCCUGACGCUCGGAUUCAAAUGCUAACUUCAAAGAUACUUACCUAAUGUUGCACAUUUAAUAAAAUAGAUUGGAAUAUUUGACAGCCUGUGUGUAUAAGUAUAACUUAUUCCAGUAGCAAACAUGCCUACACCCCAAACACAAAAUCUUUUUUCCAAAUCCAAUUUUACUAUUAUUAAUCGAAAUAUUUUUAAGUUAAAUGAGAAAUUACAAGUCUACAGCCAUGGUUUGGCAUUUUCCUUUUCAAACUUUUUUUAGGUCCAGGUCACGAUCCCCAAGGCGAAGAAGACGAUCAAGAAGCAGAUCCGGCAGUCGCUCUCAUAGCAGAUCAGCAAGCCGUUCUCGCAGUAGAAGUCGGGGUAAAGUUGCAGCCUCUCGGAGUCGUUCCAGAUCUUUUGACCAGAAUGGAGCAGAUGCCUCUGACUGAUUUUCAUGUUGAAUGUUUGACUAUAUUCCUGUUGUCACUGAUGUGAACAGCUUCAUUCGUACUCCUCUGGCACGCCAGUUUUACAAAAUUAAAAGGUGCUUCUCAAAGCUGUUAUCACAUUGACCUCAACUUUUUUUUUAGCAUCUUGUAAAUAGUCUCAGAUUUCACAGCAGUACUGUCAAUUUUUUUUUAAUAAACCUUUUUGUCCAUCUUUUCAUUUUUUCAUGUGCAUGGAAGUGUUUUAUACUGAAAUUGUCUCUACCUGUGCACUAAAAUUUCAUUUAAAAUAAACCCCAUUUAGUGUUUUAGAUGCACAGGUAGACCAGCAAUUGUUUUUAAUUUGAAAUUUUUUGUAAAUUGUGAACAACUUAUUAAGUAUACUAUGGCAAGCUAUUACAGUCUCAUUUUUAACACAUCAUCAUUUCAUGAAAUAAAGGUGUAAAUAUUAACCUAAUCUCUUUUCUUAUUUCCCUAUAACUGUAGGAGCUGGUAAGGCGGGGUAAUUAGUUGCUGAGGCAGACAAUGGUGCUAUGGCGGUGCAGUGCAGAGAUUGCUGUAACUGUUGCUGCACUGGUUGCCGUCCCUGUCGGGUGUGGCUGUAAAAAAGAUAGCAGCGGGGUGGAGUGAAGGGUGCUGGAGAAUAAGCAUGCUGUAAUAGUUUAUCCAGCUGACAGUCUGUGGCUUUCGUGUGUUUGCAGUCUUAGUGUGUGAUUGCUGUUGGUAUUGAGUGCCAUCCGGGCAUGGUGAAGUUAGUCAGCAGUGCUGUGGUUGCAGUCAACACAGAACUAUUUUGACCUUCCUGCCUAUGAAGUGAGGAAGUCAUGGCUGAUAAACGUUCAAAGCUGCAGAUAAAUUUGUCACCCAUUGAUAGCCUAUCAUACAAUUCAGCCAUUUGCAUGCUCUCUACAUUGUUUUUAUAAGCAGAUCCUUUGGGUACAACUAGACAUAUAGUUUUAUCCAGGCAUUUAUUAUGUACUGGUUGCAAAUUUUUUUUUUGCCCAUAUUUAUUGGGAGAAAAUAAAUUCCUUAAGUAUUUGGACUUGUUUUGUGUCCUGUUUUUGUGAAAAAAUGGUUUUAAAGGUAAACCACACAGUUUGGUUACCAUUUUGCACUGCAUCAGUUGUACAUAGUUUUUGACAAAAAAUCAUAAUUUAAAACAAAACCAGUAUACUGCCAUUGAAGUUUUAGCAGUCAUUUAAAGGCUGGAAAAAAAAAUGACGGUGAAAUUUAUUAAAAAGAAUUGUUGAAGAGGAAAAAUGCACAUGGGUUUAAUUUUUUUCAAAUAAUUUAAUAACUUUUCAAGUUUCAAAUAAUUUGUUGACUACUUUUUGUGUAGCUUAUAGUACCGGUACAAAUAAUCUUGGCUGCUACAUAAUUUAUGGAAAAAUCACUAAAUAGUAUUUAGCAAUACCGUAGUAAUAACCAGGUAACGUACGAAAGUUUUUGUUGGUCUGGCUUUAUUCUAAUGGAGUCAAGAAUUACUAAUUUUGUGAAAAUAGUACACAUGAAAGGCAAUUGUAUUACAUGUAUAGACUAGUUUGGGGCAAAUCCAUAAAUUAUGUACACACUGGGUUAAAAGUGGGGGAAAGAUUGUGUAUGCAUACCAUAAAUAUUUAUUUCGUGCAGGGUUAACAGUGUAAGACUUCAAACAAAUUUUGGAACACUGCCCUAUAUAUCACAAGAGUACGAUUAGUAACCUUAAUAUUUAGUUGGUCCUUCAAGUGGUCAUAAAUCGAUAAAGAUGUUGUUUGUUGAGGUGGGGAGAGGUCCACAAAUUAGUGGUAAAUGGGGUUAAAGGCCAAAAUGGCUGUCUUGAUUUAUCGGGUGGCCCUUAAUGUAUGUCCCGCCACGUGCCUGACUUAUUUUGUUCAGUAACGCCAGUGGUUCCAAGAAUAUAUUUUUUCCAAGUUUCGUCAGGCCCACAAUAUAAAAUUCCAAUAACUACAUUUCUUUGUUGAGAUAACAUUUUUAUGAUUGAUAUAUCAGGUUGCCCCCUUCUCAUGAUCCUUCCCAAGAGUGUUGCUGCACAAAUGCUAGUGCUAGGAACCACUGGCCUCACCAAAUGGAUAAAAACAUGCGCUGUCACCUGGUAUAAGUAAAAUUAUGGGGAGGGAGGGGGGUUGUUUCAGGUUCUUAAAAGUACCUGUAUGUGCAAGUUAAAGGGCUUCAUAAUGUGACUUUUUCUGAGUACCGUACAUACUAUAUUGAUGGCCCCACAGUACAGUAGAUGAAUUUGGGACUGUGCUAUAUAAUAUAUGUAAAUUACAUUGUAAUACUAUUUGGUUAACCAUUAAAAUUAGUCAGAUAACCCUUUCCUCACCAUAAAUAACUUAUAAAAUAAAAGUAAUAUUUAAAACAUGGAUAGAAAGUGCUCCAAAAGUUACAUUACAUGAACUCAUAACACUAAAUUUAUAGAUCACUUCUGGUUUAAAUUUAAAGGGAAAUAUUUAAAUUUUAGUCUAUAGUUGAAGUUAUUAAUGACCUGAUUUGAAAAAAACAUGUUAGUGGUAUUGAUAUGAAAAUUUCAGUGGAAGUUCAUGUCAUUGUUUUGUGUUCAUUUUUAAUUUACAAAGGUAUUUCUAUGUUUGAUUUUUGUAUUUUUAAAUACCCAGCUUGAUUAGAAUUUGAUGUACCUGUAUUUUUUUUUGUUUAACAUUAAAGCGUACUGCUGACUUAAGGAAAAGUUACUACAUGAUCUUUCCCUUUUGAUUUGAGUAGGAGAGGUUUAUUUAAUUUUAUCCUGAACAAUUUUAUUUUUAGAAGUGGGGGGACUCUGUUGCAUUUCUAAAUAACAAUACAAUAUGUCAGUGCUAAAAGCAAAGCAACAUGUACAGGUAAAGAAGCUUCCAGUUGUUUUUGGGACAUAUCAAUAUCACAGAUUCAGUAUAAUAAAUUUGUAUGAACGUCUAUGAACUGACUUAUUUAUUUUUACAUUGUCCAGUACCCUUAGUUAAUUUAUUAUAAGUAACUAUUUUUACACGUUAAUAUGUCACAAGUUAUUUAGAACAUUGGCAUCAUCUGUCUGCUAAGCUAAGGGGUGUGGAUAUUUUGCCAUUGAUUUUUCCAAACAGGU